AAGUCGACAUUGGUCACUACUUAGUGAUUCAGUCAGUCAGUCAGUCAGCUACAACGUAGGACCAGGCACAUAUGUGCAUCGGUCCAGGUUGCCAUACCGCAUCAGCACAACAAGAUGAACACUGGAUUCAUAGCAGUGGUUAGGUCAAAGGUUGCAAUAAGGAUAUAGUAUAGGAAGGAAGAAUUAGUUCGUAGAAAGAAAGAUAUGAAGUGAUUUUAAUCUCUUAGUUUAAGGGAAGACAGGGAGUGUAUACACCGACGCCAUUGUGACCGAUUCUGAGCCAUGUCACCAAGAGUCUCCAACCAUUGGUUACGAAAGUCACGCCGACCCCAACCAAGUAGUCUGCAUCUACCAACAUGGCUCAGACUAGAAGUUAGUGACUUCAAGCACUGAUUCCACGUUUUGGUUUGGCCGCCCCUAACUUUCUUCCAACCAUUUCCAAUACCGGUUAGCAUUGCACGUCGUGGUAAUCGGUGUUCAGGCAUACGUAACACGUGGCCCAACCAUCUCAGUCGAUGAAGAUUCAUAACCUCACCAACUGAUUUACCAUCAUUCCCUAAUACCCUGCGUCUAACCUCACUAUUACUUACCCUGUGAUCCCAGCAGACGCCAGCAAUAUUUCUAAGGCAUUUGUGGUUAAAUACUAGUAGCUUACGGGUGUCUUCUACUCUCAAUGGCCAUUUUUCGCUGCCGUACUUAGUGAUUAGCCAAAUAUAAAUAUGUUUCACUCUUACAGGAGGCUAGUCAUGGCCAGAAUUGAUGAGUGGUAACGUCUAUAAAUGACUAUAAAGCUGAGUGAUACAGGAUUAAAUUCGUAGGGAGUACCAGUUUCUUUAAAAUUACAAGUAUGAGUUCCUGAUGAGUGUCAAAAUGCAAGAAAACGUAAGUCUAGGGUUUACUGUCAACUACCUUUAACCACCAUCUUAUAAAUGUAUAGUGAUGAUGGAUGGUGGCUAGCAGUGGAGUCCAGGAGGUGGUUAUCAGGACUUAGCGGCUGAGUGGAUAACGUGAUGGCAUAUAAAACGAACGGCACUUGGUGUGAGUUCCAAAUAGAACAAACGCGCUUCCUGGAUUCCACUGCUAGCUACCGUCCAUAUUUGCUUAACAUUUAUUGUUCCAAAAAAAACACGCUAUGAUCGUUUGAAACUUAGAUGCAUUAAAAAUGUCGUAGGGAGUUUGAUAAUUCAUUGACUGCUUUACAUAAAUUAGAAUGAAUAUUCGUUCAUUACGUGGUCAGUGCCUGAUUUUAAACAAACCAGAAGUUUGCUUGGAAGGGAUUUGUGAAGAGUCGUUUGAUUUGUAGUUUGUGAACAUCACAGACUGAUCUCAUUUGAGAAUAAUAUUAACAAACCAGGUUGGACCGGACAACUGCUUCUUCCUAAUAAGGGCUUGUCAGCUAUGCGUGUUUACGAGCUCGAUAGGCUCCAAAGUGUGGUGCUAUAAGCCUCAUUGUGAAUAGUUGACCGCUAAAACCAUUGAGUCAGCGUCCAAUUCCAAAUUCAACUGAUUCCCAACAUGAUGAGAUGAUCAUCCAAUCCCAUGGGUGACCGAUUUUCAUUGGCACCCCGACUGACGAAUACAAGCUACAAAUCAAUAUAAAAGUCCAGCGGUUUAGUAUUCUAUCAACCUUAUUACAAAAUAUAAUUUGUGGUAAUCAGUUAUCAAUCACAUUAAUUCACUAUCAUACCUUGUUAUCAGCUUUUCAUACUGGUUUACUCAUUUCCUCUUUAUAAUACUUUCAACUAGGUGAUCUCCGACAAUGUUGCUUGUAGACCAACUUAUCUACUUUUAGAAUUUAUUGAACCAAAAAUUGAAACAUCAAAAUCCCGGGUAUCCAGUAAACAAACAAUGUUUCGGAUUAAACUGCCAAGUAAUCAAAAACAAAUAAAUUUAGAAAUGCAAUUGUCAAUUGGUUCAGCGGAUCCUACACAAUCUGAAGCCACUUCAAAUCAAUCGAUUUCAUUCAAGAAUCCAUUUUACAUUCCUACUAAUAUUACAGUUGAUGCGGAAAAUCAAUUAAUAGAAUGGUUUGGGCUGCCAAUAAUUUUCAGUAAUCUCCUUCAUCAUUAUGAAACUAAAUUGUCUGGUCUUCCAAAAGCAUGUGAACAGGGCAGUGAAUUUAAUUUACCAAUUACACAACAAGAAAUCGAUAAUGGGACAAUUUACAGAGUUAAUUUAAAAAAUAUACCUGAUCUAACUAUCACAAAAAAUGGAUUGGCUAUUGAUUAUACUUUUAAAGUAACACCGGUAUUUAAGGGCAUAGACGGGAAAUCCAUCACAAUGGGAACUUCAUCUGACAUUAAGUUUUCAAUAGGUCGAAUGGGUCAAACUGAUCUUAAAGCGCCUACAUCCGGUCGGUAUUAUUCACUACAAGUACAAGUUAGACCAAGUCAAAUGCCAAGCUGUCUUAAUUUAGAAACACUGAAUACUCAGUUCACAUUAAGAGUAAUUGGUGAAGUGGAUGAAUAUCCAGAUUAUAUAAAACAGGUGAAUUAUGUACCAAUUACAAUGAAAACAACUGAAACAUUAAGUGAUAAAAAUAAUCAUGUGAAACUAUAUAAAAUUGAAAAUUUACUACCUGGCCGGCGUUAUGAACUUCAAGCGGAAGUUAUUUACGCAGAAGAUUUCAGAGAUAAAAUUUCCGAACCUGUCCGUUUAUGGAUAGAAGAUGAAGUACAUGUACAAACUGAAGAAGUGUUUAUAUCACCAGGUGAACGUGUAGUUAUCAACUGUACUGGAUCGGUUGGACCAAAUGAUACAUCACAAAAAAAUUUAGAAUGGAAGUUAUUUGAUGGUGGUCGUUUACCAGAUGGUAGUCGUUCAUUAAAAACACAAGAAGCACAAUCUGGACCAUUAUGGUAUGCAAUGGAAUCGUUAAUAUUUGAUCCUGUCAAUAAACAACAUGGUGGUGUUUAUGCUUGUUUCAUAAGGCCAUCAAUAUCGGAGCUAAUGAAUAAACCAGCAAUAUUGCAUAAGGUCACUGUGACUGUUAGUGAUUUGGAAAUUAAUACUAAUUCGAAAAUCGUUGAAUUCGGUGAGAAAGUUAUAAUCACAUGUCGUACAGCUAGUCCUGGACAAUUGGAUUGGAUGCUACCAUCUGGUGAGAAAAUUGAAAUCACGAAUGAAAUGAAAUCAGACGAUGAUAAUGGUGAUCAACCAUACACUAUAAAAGAUGAAAACGACGAUGUAAAAUUGUCAAUUAAAUUAAUUAUACCAAAAGUUAAUUUGAAUAAAGUUGGCAAAUAUACAUGUUUGCACUCACCAUCAAACAAUAAACAAACAUUUAAUUUGAAAAUGAAAGAAGUUAUUAAUUUGAUCAAAUCCCCUGAAAGUUCUGAUAAACCUGGAAAAACUCUCAUCCUUGAUUGUACUGCAAAUUUGGGUGAUUUACAUCAAUCAGUUGUUUGGUAUAAACGACCAAGUUCAAAUUCACCAUGGUUAGAAAUCACUGAAGCAAUACAAACUAUUGAACAUAUUACUAUACAACAAAAGAAUCCUGAAGAAACAUCAUCAUCAGGUGUUUGGUUGUCAGAAUUAAAAGUAAAAAAUUCACCUGGAAUUAUUGGUGAAUUUAUGUGCGCAAUACAAAAUAUUCAGACAGCAAUGAAUAUUGACCGAAUGGAAACUGGCAGCGUAAUGACGAAUGAUUUUUCUAAAAUUACACAUGCAACCAUUAAAAUAUCAUUGAAAUCUGACCACCACUGAGAACCUGGAAGCACUGAGUGACCUUUUCUUCCUAAUCUGAGACUCCUUGGCAGUGCAAAUCCAUGACCACAUAUCCAGGAGUCAAACCCCAGGACUUUCUGUCGAGAGUUCAAACAAAUGACCUCUAGAACAUUGAACUGGGAUCCAACAGUGUUAUUACCUAAUUUCCAGUUAAGAUCAGUUCGUGAUUUAAAAUAUGGAUAUUCCGCAUUCUAUACAAAACCUCAUAUUACUAAAAAUUAUUUUUCAUUGUCAAUAUACAAAUAUUUUUAAUUAUAGUUUUGAAAAUACUUACUCCAAUAAAAUUGGAAAACGGUCAGAUUAAUGUACAUUGUCAAGGAUAUCCAGCACAUUCUAAAGAUCGCUUACAAUGGGUUUACAUUCCAUUGAAUACUGAUAAUAAUCCAGAUAAAGUUAUUACGAUUGUACAUUCCAAUCCAAAAGAUGAAGAAAAUGAACAUGAAACUGAUGGGAAUACAAAGUCAUUGGAAGGAAAAGAAAUUGAUGAAAUCGUCAGUUUAGCAUUUCAAUUAACUGAUAGUAUACCAGCGACUUGGCCAGGUUCAACUGGACCUCAGCAACUUGUACAAUCACAACUGAUUGAACAAGAACAUCAACCAAAACAGAUGUAUACUGCAGAACGUUUAAGUUUAACAUUUGAUAGUAAAUAUGCAGAAAACGUUGCCGGUGGUAUUCUAUCAUGUCGUUACAUAAGACCGAAAGGAAUUCUUCCAAUGGAUUCAGAUGAAGCAGCAGAAUCAAUAACGAAAGUUACCAUUCCUCAAACUAACGACGAUGAUGACGAAAUAAUUGAGAUGAGUGAAAUUCCUAUGAAGGAAUUAUUGGAUGCAAAACAGGGCGAUGACAAUGACAAUUUAUCAAUUUUAAAAAGUUCUCUCGAUGAGGAACCAGAUGACCUACAAUCAGAUGAUAAUAGAAAUAAUACAGAGAAGAAAUCGAUUUCAAUGUUACUCUACAUGAAUGUUGUGGCUUUAUUGAUUAUUUUUAUGCGUAAUUAAAACUUUCCGGCUAAUUUAAAGCCAGAAACAAACGGAAAGAUUUUUUAAAGAAGGAAAUUGAUCACAUCACAGUAGUCAAAUCAUGAACAGUUACUAUUAUUAUUAUUGUUGUUAUGGUUACCAUUAUUAUUACCUUAGCUUCAACGCAUCUUUUCUUUCGGUUUCUUCUCUUAUGUUCCUUUUGAUUGAUUAUUGUUCUCGUUGUCAUUAGUGUUAUUGUGUUUUUUCUUGUCUUCGUUAUUUUACUAAACUGUAUCCUCGACCGCCUCUAUUACUCACUGCCAUAUAGAUAUAUACACGAAGAGAACUUAUUUGAGUGUAAGUAGUUGAAUAGAUAUUAGAUAGGCAUCAUUCUUUAUGUCUCUUCUAGCUAUUUUUAGUGGUUCCAGACCGAAUUUAUUUUAUUAAACUAAUCUAUUCAUAGUCUUUAGUUGAAUAUCGAAUUUUAUUGCUUAAACACUCAUUUGCUCCUAUUGUUUCAUCCUUUUUUAUUUGAAACUAUCAUCUCGUUUGUGCUACGUCCACUUCCCCUCCCAUACAUACCUCAAAUCCUUGAUAAGAUUAAUAUGCUUAAUCUUGGUUCUUUUUUCGCUGUUUACAUUAGUUGAAUAGAUCCAUUAAAGUUAUGUAUUUUCCAGAAAAAAGAACAAUUUGCUUCCCUUGUAUUAUUAUAAAAUGUCAUUUUACUGUACAAUCUAUAUAGCUGAUUGUGAUUUCUUUCAAUUAAUAUUUAUUUGUUUAUCCAUUCAUUUUAUUUCCUACUGCUCCAUUUUAGCCUAGAAAAUAAUUAGCAUUCCGUGUCAUGAAUAGAGUGUUAUCUUAUUAGACAGAUAUAUAGGUCAGUAAGAUAUAUAUAUAUAUAUAUAUAUAU